GGAGCGUUCAUCUUCUAUCUCUAUCUCCGUUCGCAGCGCGGUGGCCGGCAACAGCGCUGGUGAUGAAAUGACCACGUCGUGGCUAUCCACUACUGCGCGCUCUUCUCCUUCUUCAUAGCCACUAUUCCACGACGGCACCCUCUGUUUGCCGCUGGACUGGACCUUUUACGCCAUCCGGCUCGGGCUGUGCUGGUCUACCUCAUCAUUCCUCGAACGAUUUCCCCGAUAAUCGACCCUGAUUCGAACGUGGCAACAUGGCCGCGGGACGCUCCAUGAAGUCGCUUGUCAGUCGGCGGAGACGCGGGGAUGAGGAGGGCGAGGACGAUGAAGGCCCUGUAAUGGUGGAAGAUUCGCAGAGCGAAGGCUCCGUGCUCAGCGAUCUUGAAGACGACGAUGAGGCGGACACGAGCAGCAUGGCUCAGUCCAGCGCAGUGGGGGGAGGAGCAGACUCGACACACGGCGAAGUCAUCAAGGCAGCAGCGAAAAAGCAGAGCAGAAAUAGGCAUGGGAAGAAACAGACCAAGGAAUCCGAGCCAACGCCAGUGGAAUCAUCCCAGCUCCAGCCCCAACCUGCUUUCAAGCCUGCGCCAGACACCGAAGCCAUGCUGAAUGGUCUUCCGAUUGGACACCAGUCGGUACAAGCAGUGGUCGACUUCGAGGGCACGGCUCGCAGUGCAAAUGUUGACUCAGCUGCUUCGGCCUCAGCGCCGGUUAUUGUGUCAACGGAUAGGAGUACCACAUCGCCUGCAAUCCGUCAACGAAAAGAGCACGAGGAGUACAGGAGAAAGCGCGAGGCCGACCCCUCCUUCGUCUCCAACCGAGGGAACUUCUUUAUGCACGAUACCAGGGCAAAUCAAGGUCAAGGUACUCUUCCUUUUCGAGGCGCAUGGGCUGGCAGAGGCCGUGGAAGAGGCGGCGGUGGCAACGCAGGUGGACAUUUUGCACCAGUCAAUCAAGUGGUUCAGCAGGAAAAGGUGGCCGAAGAACCAUGGAAGCACGACCUGCACGAUACCAUCAACGAGGAGCCAGCCCCUGCGAAGCCGGCCGAUCUUCCUCAACAUCAGAUCGAGUCUCCGCGCCUGUUCUCAAAGACUGGUGGUCAGAACAAUAAUAAUGGUCCCCACGCGAAACUCUCGUUCUCCAGCACGACGCUUGUCGGCAAAGUUCAGAUUCGAGUGCUGUUGCCAGGCAUGAAAGCACCCAUAACCUUCUCCGAAGUGCCUUGGAAACAAUAUACUCGUCUACCAGAUCAUCGUCCGCCACUUCGCCGUGACAAGCCCGUGCGCAUAUCGAUACCUGAGCAUGUGCAACGCUACAUAUUCCCAUCUUCUCAGCGAUCAUUCAUCUUCAUUCCAAGACAGAUGAGACCUAAUCAGCGUGGUUAUGGGAAUGAUCGCUAUCAGCGAAGCAUUGGCGGUAUUGGCUACUCGAGCAGAAGGACUAGCAUGUACGGCGGCAGCGUGUACGCUGGGAGCAUUGCUGCCAGUCGACGCUCCUCAUUUGCUAGUAUUGCCCGUGAGAAUGCCUUUUCUCCCGUUGGCUCUUACGUCGGCAUGCCGCCAAACCGACCGGUAGUAAGACUUCCGCAUGGCGCGCAUGGCUCCCAAAUGGGACCCCUCUCAGGUCACCAGACGCCUACUGGGAUGCACAUGCAUACCUUCCCUCCACCUGCCCAGCCAUACCAUCAAGGAACCCCCACGACGACUGUCCAUCAGCCUAGACCGCAGAAGGUCAUUUCUGUCACCGGCAUCGAGUCUCCAGCCAUGCUGUCACAAGCUCACGGUCCAGCAGAGCAGCAGCCAUUCGCCAACCAGUUGCCUGCACAUAUGCAUGACCACCAGACACUACCUCCACCAUAUUUCUCGCCGCGGCAACAGUUCUCAUUUCCACAACGGCAAUCUGGCACACCUCUCUCGGGCAUUCCAGAACAGGCCAUGCACGCUCCUGCCUUUCAGCCCAUGAUUCCCUAUACACAAGGACCCUACUAUGCGCCGUAUCCGUCCCAGCAGCAGGGCUAUUACUAUCCCUCAGGACACAAUGGAUUCAACCCGAUGCCCAUGUAUAUUCCGCCACAACAGAACUACAUGAUGGCGCCGCCCUCUGCCCCUGCGGUGCCACCUCCACGAUCUCCUGUGCAGCAAAGACCUUCGCAGACUGUGGAGGGCGAGGAGUCGUCGGCGCCUUCUGGCAUGGUGGCCCACGAGAGUAACGGCAUGGUCUUUUAUUUGCCGGCAGCAGACGCGUCAACGCAAGCUCAAGGCGAAAACUACCAACCUGCCGAGAGUUUUGUGCCCGCAUACGCCAUGCCUGGCUUGCCACCGCCCACACCGGCGCCGGAGUCGGCGUAUUUCUACCCUCCACCGCAGAUGCCCAUGGCAAGCUUUUAUCCAGGCCCAGGUCAGCAGCAAUAGGAGGCAGAACUCGAAGGGCUUAGACUGUAGGUAGUUGUGGAAGGGGAGGGAAAAAGGAGCAAUAACGUGACGACCAAUGACUGAUUCAUUUUGUAUUUUUUUUUUUUCUCUUUUUUUUUGUUCAUUCGACAUGUUUGGAGUUGCGUCCUAGGCGGCGUUGUUGGGACACUAGCAAGCAUGGCGUUCAGUGAUUGAGGCGGUCAGGCGUUCAGUGGAAAAGGGCUGAUGUUUGAUGCUUGGGCCCUUCUCCUUUACAUUAGGUUACUUACCUUAGUAUGCUUAAAGAUGGAGGUUGUGCAUCGACGGAUAGUAUGGACACGCUCAGGGUUCCGGACGAGGUGGUGGACGGCGGAGGCGAUUGAAGACGGGCAGGUCAGGUAGUGGCGGUCAUUGCUAUAGUGUGGGACAUAGCCAUGGUUCAUCUUCCCGGCUUCUGAC